CAUACAACGAUCGACCGACGUUAGCCACUGGCAACGAUGACAACGACCACACCACUUACACAAACCACAUUCACAGUGCGAAAGAUGACGGGACGACGAAUCUCCAAGUUCUCCACUAUCCUGCUGUUCUGCGCCGCUUUGCUGCUGACCAAGUCCUGCGGCAUCCUGGCGCUCAGCGGCGACGGUUCGGUGUCCCAGGAUGUAGGUAAGGCAGAGCCCUGGACCGAAACCACUACCAUUCAGCCAACUGAGGAUGGCAGCGGAUCUGGUGGCUGGGAAUUGACCACUGAGGCGGACACUACUCCUUCAAAUGAGGAAACAACUGCUGCCAAUGAGGAGACCACCAUUUCUGAUGAGGAGACUUCUACAGCUGACUCUGAGGAUGAGGAGACCACCACUGCUGCUCCAGAAACCACACCAGCUGACCAGGAAAGCUCUUCCUCAGCUCCUGAAACUACAUCUGCUUCUGAGAGUUCAUCCGUUCCUGAUGAAACCACUUCCGCUCCUGAAGAGACUACUUCUGCUCCUGAAGAGACCACUUCUGCUCCUGAGGAGACCACAUCUGCUCCUGAGGAGACCACAUCUGCCCCCGAGAAAACCACUUCUGCUGCGGAGGAGACAACCACCGUUGAACCUGCCCAACCGGAUACCACCAUUGCACCCACACCUCCCCCUUUUCAAUGCCAGACGGCUGGACUAUUUCCAGACAACAGUGGCGAUUGCCGGCGUUACCAUAACUGCCUAUUUAAUCCCUUACUGCGACAGCUCCAGGACAUCGAGCUUACCUGUCCAGCAUUGACCGUCUUCUCGCCGAGCCUGGGUAGAUGUGUCAGGGAUUUGGCCGAGUGCCAGGAGGAUAGCUUCUCAUGUUUGGCCGUGGGAAAAUUUGCUGGACACGAUGAGACCUAUUACUAUAACUGCGUGGCCAGUUUGCAGGGUGGAUUCCACAAGUUCAUUGUACGAUGCUCCAGUGGCCAGAGAUUCGAGCCCUUGAUUGGAGGAUGCUGGCGCUACGACUGGACACAGAUUGUGCCCGGACAGGAGGCAACAGAGGUCAGUGAUCUGGCUGCCAUCAAGAGGGAACUAAAACUGUACAAGGCCGAACAGAAGCUGCGCCUAAAGGCCCAGAAGGAGCAAGAGAAGCUGGCCAAGAAGCAGCAGAAGCUAGAGGAGAAGGCUGCCAAGAAGGCGGCCAAGGAGCUGGCCAAGCAGCAGGCAAAGGCCGAGAAGGAGAAGGAGAAGGCCAAGGGCAAGAGCGAGUCCAUUGAGAGUACCGAGUCCGAGGAGUAAAAUCAGGCAACUCCAAGAUCCUUUUCCUUCAGAUAAACUAAUCCAUCUAUGUUGGUCCUUUGUUCUAGUCUAGUUAAAUUAUCUUUCCUUUUUUUUUUGUGUUAACAUUUUUAUUGCUUUGUGGUGUAAAUAAAGAUUAAAAGAGAAA